AUGGCGAACCCUCUCCUAGAAGCACCCUCAAAAUCCUCCCCUGAAACCGCCAUCGAUCUCUCCCAGCAAGCCUCCACGUUCAUCACUUCGCAAUCAUCCUGGCUCUCGGCGAUACCAUACCCCCUCAGCCUCUUCAUAAACACGGAAUCGCAGGAGAAAUGGCAGACAUACGAGAACCUCUUCCUGGCUUGCUUACGCACCGGCGACGACAACACCGCCUACGCCUGCCUGGAGUCUCUCACGGAUCGCUUCGGCAAAGGCAACGACCGCGUUGUUGCGCUGCAGGGACUGUACAAGGAGGCCACCGCGAAGAACGAAAGCGAGCUUGCGGAGGUGUUGAGGGAAUAUGAAGAGAUGCUUAAGAGCGAUCCCACAAUCUUCUCCAUUCGGAAGCGGAGGGCAGCGGUGCUUCGGAGCAUGGGAAAGACGAGCGAUGCGGUCACGGCGUUGACGAAUCUGCUUGAUCAAAGUCCUACGGAUGCGGAGGCCUGGUCGGAAUUGGGAGAUUUGUAUUUGACACAAGGCUCGUACGAUCAGGCCAUCUUCAGCUUUGAGGAAGUGCUGCUCAUCAUGCCGUACUCGUGGAACAUGCAGGCACGGCUGGGAGAGGUCUUGUAUUUGGCUUCGGGAAGGACAGAAGGAGGGGAUCAGAUGAAGAUACUUUCGGAGAGCAUGAGGAGGUUCUGCAGGAGUUUGGAGCUUUGCGACGACUACUUGAGAGGGCAUUAUGGGUUGAAGCUGGUCACGACCCGCCUCCUCGAAGUCCUGUCGACGAGCAAGAAGCCACAGCAGAGCAGCUCUGACCCGGUAAGAGGAGAUCUGGCACCCCCAUCAGUCGACGCAGUCAAGAAGCUCAACGAGCUGGCCACCUCAAAACUCGCAGAAAUUGUACGGAGAAGCAAUUCAGGCGAAAAGGGCUGGGACGGGUACAGUGCGGCCGAGAUCAUCGCCGCGCGGGAAUUGUUAGACAGAGAUACCCAGAAAAUAGAACGGUGA